UGGUCCGGAAAAUCUUCCCUAAGUUAUAACUUAUCACGGAAGAGUUCAGGGCAUCUUAAUGCCGGCACGAGACCCAUUCUUCACCCCAGCCAUCUAGAGCCAACUCAUGGUGGAACCAAAUUCUUCCCUUCCUCUGGACGUUUUCAUCCACAUUUUAUCCCACCUCCCCCCCUCUCCGAAGCGUGGAUGCCAUGAUCCUAUUUACGCGUUCGUUGGCUUCCUUGAAGCAAGCACUCUGCUGCGAGAAGCUGCUAAGGUUCCCUCACUCUGGGAACCUCACUAUCGUGUUCGAUAUACCCACUGUGAUGAGCAAGCUGAAGCUCGUCGCCUAUCCACGCUCAAUGGGGAUUGGAGGCUGUUGUACGUGGCCAGGCGUCGGCUGGAUAGCAAGGCGCUUCGAUGCUUGGACGAAAUAAUUCGUCAGAGAAACGGACAACUCGAGCAUGCCAAAAGUAUUUUCGAACUAUCUUUUGACAUCUGGGAUGUUAUGCAGACAGAGGCGGAACAGCCAGUCCCCGAGCCGUUCCGGCGGACGAAUGAAUAUCCCUCUGUGGAUAUAACCCAUAUAGCACCCAACGCGCUCACUCGGAGAUACUGGGCUCGUUCUAUAAUGGAAUCUAUCUCAAGGUCUUAUGCCAUUGAUCUAUGGACCCGUUCUCAACGGGGUGAUGAAUCUGUGUCGUUUGUAGAGUCAUUCUCCGCGUUAUCCUGCUUUAUGGGUAAGUCACCAAGACAGAUGUCCGAAAUCUUCCUUCCUUUGAUGGAUCGAUGCCGCGCUUAUCUCUCGGGACGCGGUUGUGUCCUUGAUCCUGAUGACGGUAGAUACGAUCUGGCCGAGUUGUGUAUCAGCAUCUGUAGCUUCAUGAGAAGUGAAGGAUUCGACGCCGUUGAUCCCGAGAAUUUUCAUUCGCUGCUGAACAUUUUGCCUCAUGCGUAUCUAACAUGUAACAAAAAGACAAUACCCAUAUCUUUGGUCCACAUUUUUGUUGCUAUCUCUCGUGAUUUGGGGGUGCACGCGUCUCCUGUCGACUUUCCAGCUCGCGUCCUGGUGCAUGUCUCUACUCCGGAUCCCCUAACCGAUGAUUUUUAUGUCGAUGUGUUUGGCUCGAGCACCAAACCCAUCCUCACUCUUCGCGAGGAUAUCACCGCGCUCUUAAUUCAACAUGGAAUUCCUCCACAGUCGAUGGUACAAUACAUCUCUCCCUGUACGGGCUCUUCGAUGUUGCUCCGCACGAGUCGCAAUAUUCUAUCAUCAGUCCACGGGGACCAUCGGUCGUCUAGUGGACUGGCGCAAACUUCACUCUACAUCGCCUUCUGUAUUUAUCUUCUCAUGACGUCACGGGAACAAUUUGCGGCAAGGGUGACUAUGUAUGUUGGUCUACUGGACUGCGUCACCGUAAUACCAAAGACACUGGUGCCAUUGUUUCUGGAGAAAAGUACGGCUCGAGAAACGCUGGAAGACAAAUGCCGGACCACGAUCCAACGCCACAGAACUAUGACCACUGUUAAACUGCGCUCCUCUCCAGAAAACACCAGCGUGUUUUAUUUCGUUGGGAUGGUAUUCCGCCACCGUGCACGAAAGUAUAUUUGUUGUAUAUAUGGCUGGGAUAACACCUGCAAACAGGAUGAAAACUGGAUUAAAGAGAUGAAUAUUGACAGCCUUCCCCGAGGGAGGAACCAGCCGUUUUACAUGUGCUUCUCACAGGAUGGCUUAGAGAGAUAUGUCUCCGAAGACAACAUUGAACCAACACUCACAACGACCGGAAUGGUCAUGGAAAUCUUUGCCAGCGCUCAAAACUUUCCCGUUUAUUUUUCUGACGUUGUUGCUACGUCAGGCGAUCGGGUGAGGCUAGUUCCCAGCCCUGAGGUAGUGCAGUCAUAUCCAGAAGAUGAAAUUGCAGCGCGACACUGGUUGGAAGAGCGCUCAUCAGGCUGAGCAUUAUUUUAUAGAUUGCACCCAGUUUUCUGUCAUGAUUUAUCAUCUGCUGUGAAUUCCCGGUGGCGAGGGCCUUAGUCCAAUGUCUUGGUCGAUAUCUCAAAUUUCACGGAGAGAAAUGAUUAUAUAACAUAG